UAGAGGGCCUGGGCUGGCUGCGGGGCCAAGACCGGAGACGCUGCUCGAGGUCCUGCACCGCACCCCAGCGCCCAUCUGCCUGCCCAGGCACCCUGCAGAAGCAUGGCUUUCGCUGGCGCUCUUGGCUUCUUGUUCGCCUGCCUCCUGCUCCGCAGUGCUGCCCCGAAACCCACAUGCGACCCCACUGCCUGCACCUCGUGCCCUGAAAGGCAGGUGGAGGGGCCAGCCCCCACUAUUGACAGCAGCUGCUGCCCCCAGUGCCCCCCAGCCUGCACCUGCCCCCCACACCUGGAGAACGACUGCAAGAUGCAAGGCUUCACCGGGGGGCAUGUCCCUGCCGGCCACUCCUUCUACAUCGACUUUGCCCGCAAGCUGUGCACCUGUGGCCCUGAUGGGGACAUUGCCUGCGCCUCACUGUGCCCCCGCCUGCCCCCCACCUGCCAGGCCGUGGGCAGCCCUGUGGCUGAUGGCUGUCCUCGCUGCGUCUGCUACAACGAGGAGGAGAUGGCAGUGCCUGCUGGCACCAUCAUUGCCCAGGGCACCCAGAUUUGCACCUGCCCGCCCGAGGGGGGCCAGCUGCAAUGCAGUGGUGGAGAGAGCAAGGAGUGAACCUCUCCUGUCUGCUGGCCAAGGGCAGGAGGAUAGGGGAGCCUCUCUGGCAGCAGGAGCUUUCUGCUGCCUGGGGUACCCUUGCUGAAAAGCAUGAUAUGUUUCCAACUCUCCUGAAGGACUUGGCGGUGAGCAUGGCUGUGCCACAGGGUGCCGAAGAGAUGCCACAUUGCAUGUCACAUAUAGGCCAGGGCGAAGCAUCUAUAGCGGGUGAGCUUGCUUUGUUGCAGGGCGGGGGGGCAGUGAGCACUUAGGUCACUGCUAGCACUUAACUGAAACAAAGCAGGUGUUUAUUUAUUUGUAAGAGGGCUUUUGUGUCUGUUUAUAUAGCAUGUAGCUCCGUGGAUAAACUUCCUCCUGGGAGCCAGGUUUGUGCUUCCUGUGAUUUCAUCAGGUCCAAAGUGGUGGGACAAAAGUCAGAUUGGCUGCUGUCCCCCACGCCAGGCCUUUUUGAGGUGUGAGGAGUUAGCACAUGGCUGUGUUCUUAGGAGGAAGGAACUCUUCCCCUCCUUGUGCCUUCAUCCUCCAGAGCAAAGCCGUGAAAACUCUGUAAAGGGGCCUGGCAGUCAAGGAUCUCAUGGACAUUUCAAUGGAGUCAUUACACAGGGCUGGCUCCACACCAGUCCUCACUGUCAUGUAUCAGCAGGAGUACCCCAAAGUGCAUGUUUAGUGACUACGUCCUCCUCACUUGUGCUGUCUCCUUGCCAUUGCUGGAGACAGGCACAGGAUACAGCAGAACUGCAUCUUCUGAAUGCUUUGAUGUACACAGAUGUAUGCACACACACACACACACAUAUGUAAUGAGUCUGUAAUAAAAUCACACUAACAAGUGUUAAUUCUGUUAUUUGAAGGGGUUGAAUAAAAUCAGCUCUACCAAUAAACUUCUGAAAACUCCU